CGUCAAUAGAAUAGGACAAUAAAUUUCAUUUCAACAAAUCGCUCGCAGUAACAAAUGUAAUGAAACAUUGUAUAUUUCCGUAAUAUUGUGUUUAUGAAAUAAUUUUGCUUUUAUUAAAUUUGUGUUCAACGAAGUCUUUUCACAAUGAAGUUGCUGUCAAGUUUUCUAUUUCUGCUGAUGAUACUCCACUGUUCAUAUGCACCACCUGUUACUCCAGAUAAGUCCAAUGAGCAAGACAGUGAAGUCAAGGAUGACCUGGAGGAAUACAUGGAAUAUCACAGGUACCUAAAAGAAGUGGUCCAAGCCCUUGAAAGUGAUCCUGACUUCAGGGAGCGAUUGGAAAAGGCGAACGAAGACGAUGUCCGGUCUGGAAAGAUUGCUGAGCAGCUGGACUUUGUUAACCACAAUGUAAGGACAAAAUUGGACGAAAUCAAACGACGCGAGUUGGACAGACUACGUCAUUUGGCUACUAAGCAAUUUGAAUUGACGAAUAAUUUAGAACAACACCCAGGACAGGUGGCUACAAACGAACAUUUAGAUCAUAAUAACCCACACACGUUUGAGAUUGAGGAUUUGAAAAAGCUUAUCAAGAAGACGACCGCUGAUUUAGAAGCCGCUGACAAAAAACGAAAAGAAGAGUUUAAGGAAUAUGAAAUGCAAAAGAAGUUUGAAGAGCAUCAGAAAGUAGAGGGCAUGGAAGAGGCUCAGAAGAAAGAGUACUUAGAAAAAGUAAAACAGGAGGAAGAGGCUAUCAAACAUCACAAGCCGCUUCACCACCCCGGUUCUAAGCAACAACUGGAAGAAGUGUGGGAGAAACAAGAUCACAUGGAACAACAACAAUUUGAUCCCAAAGCAUUCUUCAUGAUGCAUGAUGUUGACGGCAAUGGCGUUUGGGACGCGGACGAAGUGAAGGCUCUGUUCAUUAAGGAGUUGGACAAGUUGUACGGUCCCGGAGGACCGAACAAGGACUUGCAUGAGAGGGCGGAGGAAAUGGAGAGGAUGCGUGAACAUGUCUUCAAGGAAAAUGACAAGAACCGUGACGGUUUGAUUGAUUUCAACGAAUUUAUGACUGAGACGCAAAAGGCUGAGUUCAACCAAGACGAAGGAUGGAAGACUCUGGAAGAGAAUCAAGUUUACACUCAAGCUGAGUACGAGGAGUACGAAAGAAGGAGGAUGGAGGAAAUGAGAUACCUGCAGCAGCGUGGCUUGGUUGACGCCCACGGCCAGCCAGUCCCCGGCGCUCAGCAUCAAAUUCACCAGGCGCUCCAACAAUACCGUGCUUACCAACAUCAACAGGCUUACCAACAACAUAUGGCACAACAGCAACAAUUCCAAGGUCAACAGCAAUACUACCCGCCUGGCCCUCAAGGUCAAAUGCCUCCUGGGCAGGUGCCACCCUACCAACAACAUCCCUCACAGUACCAACAAGGACAACCACAAUACCAACAAGGACAGCCGCAAUAUCAACAACCACCGCAAGGCCAAUACCAACAGGUACCCCAGGGUCAAUAUCAACAAGCCCCUCAGGGACAGUACCAGCAGGCACCACAAGGGCAAUACCAGCAGCCACCACAAGGACAAUACCAACAACCACCGCAGGGCCAGUACCAACAACCUCCCCAAGGUCAAUACCAAGGGCAGCAGCCUCAGGCACAAGCUCCCGUAGCACAAGUACAAGCGGCGCCACAGGUUAACGCCAAUCAAGCUCAACCGCCUUCUGCUCAGCCAGCUCAGCCUCAAGGACAGCCACAAGCUAGCCAAGGUCAGGCUCAGCAGGUACCGGCCCAAGCUCAACAAGCCCAACCAGCCCAACCACAGGCCCCUGUACAGGCCACCAACCAAGUUCCCCAACAAGCACCACUGCAGGGGCAAGCCCCACCAGUACCAGCACAAAAUGUAGGAGCUAAUCAUUAGAUAAUAUUAUAAUGCGUAAAUGUUAUUGAUGUGAUUUUUUUAUCUUAAUUGAGAGUGACUAUUUAUUAUGAUUUUUUAUAUAUUUCACUAAGGAGUGCCAAAAUUCUCUCACGCUUUUUUAUUUCGUCUAUCUCCCCGAUAAUGC